AUGGCUCAAAGACCACUGUUUCUAGAGCACGUCUCUGAUCAUAGCCAUGCAGCUCAACGAACGAGACCGAUGAUGAUUCCUCGCCAAGUGUCUACGCAGGUUUCUGCUCUGCACGCAGAUGGUCCGACCAGUAUCACAGAGGAAGCCCUCAGCAGCUCGCACUCGUCGGAAACUUAUGCGCCAUACGAAGGGCAUCCUUUAUCACAUCAAACCACGCCCAUGAACGAAAAAUUGCCCGGAGAUUCUGACACUGGACCAAGAGUGGGCUCCCAUUUUUCUCACUCAUCUGGAUAUGAAGUUGGCUCUGCGUAUGCCAUUUCCAAUGGCAAACGCCCACCCUCUGCUCGUCGAAGCAGUUCGUAUUCGAGAGGCUCCUUCCUGGGCAAAAAUGGUAGUUUUAUCUCCACCUCGUUAGGAGAUGAUCUUAGCAGUACACCUGAAGGGCGUGCUCACUCAAGCUAUGACCCCGUCACCACCACAAAGCUGAGCUCAACCAAUGAGUCAGAAGAGGAAGAAGAAGAUUUGUUGGACCCCGAUGUCACCUUUGGCGAGCAUGACAACCAGGGCCACGGCGACAAUGACCCUCACGCUCGUCCAGCGACCGAACACAAUGAAUCUAGCGGUAACGAAAAUGAUGGCAAUAGCGUCCUGCCGGCUCGCACCUUGCCGAUAGACGUGGCGAAGGAUCCAAAAACCAAGUCUUCUCGGUUUUUCCAGGAAUCCGCCCGUGAAAACGACGUCUUGCAAGACUAUGCCCCAUUCCACAACUCGCCAACGUCGGUGACAGGCUCCUACGGAUCCACCGGCAAGAUGAAGGAAGUGUUGAUGAAGAGGCGAAUGGCAGAAAUCGAGCGUGAGCCGAAGGUUUCUGAAAGACCCGCACUGGUGGAGAUCGCGAAUUUCCCAACGGCGCAACUCCUCGACAUGUUGACUGCGCUGCUAGAUAAGAUCGUGAGUUCGAACGAUCAAUUGCAUAGGGACCGUACGCCCGUGGACGAUGCCUUCACAGAGGAGGCAGCCUGGACAGCCCCUACUGGGGAGACCGGUGACGCGGGCGAGGCAAAAGCUUCGCCGCACACCUAUAGCAUGGGGAUGGGCAUGGCGCCCGAGAUACUAAGUUUCCGCGGCAAACACGUGCCGGCCAUCACUCUGCAGCAGUAUUUCCAACGAAUACAGAAGUACUGCCCGACCACGAAUGAUGUUUUUCUGUCUCUGUUGGUGUAUUUUGAUAGAAUAGCAAAGGCAUGCAACACGGGGAAAGAUCAAAUGUUUGUGAUGGACUCCUACAACAUCCAUCGACUCAUCAUCUCGGCGGUGACGGUAAGCACUAAAUUCUUCAGUGAUUUUUUCUACAGCAAUUCCAGGUAUGCUCGUGUUGGCGGCAUAUCGCUAAAGGAGCUGAAUCAUUUGGAGUUGCAGUUUUUGAUCUUGUGCGAUUUCCAACUAAUAAUAACGGUGGAAGAAUUGCAAAAAUACGGAGUAUUACUACGGGAUUUCUGGCAGCGCGAGAUGGGCGGCCCGGAGGGCGAAUCCGAAGACCCUGCGUCAGAGUCCUAG